AUGUCAUGUAAUUUGGCGCAGCAAAAUUCACAAGUCAAUAAACAGGAACUGCGGUCCACGGGCCAGCAGACCGAUAUCAGCUGCCAGUAUUCUGCAUUUUCUUCUCCAGUGCCCGAGGUAGAAGACCAGCGGGUUCUGCGCGAGCGCAUUGCGGAUUCGCUGACGUACCCGCCCUCGCCGCCAUUGCAGCCCGCCGCGCCCGCCGCGCGCUCCGCCUCAAUUUUGGGCUCCGUCUGCGCGUUGCUGCUCAGGAAACAGGGCUCGUCCGGAACGGGUAAGGCGUGCGACGCGAGCCGCAGCUGGCAAUCGGCGAGCAUCUGCCGCAUCUGCUUCGGCGGGGAGUCCAGGGAGCGGCUUGCGCGUCCGUGCAGCUGCCGCGGCACCGUCGCCGCCGUCCACCGCUCCUGCCUCGAGCGUUGGCUCCUCCAGGCGGCGACGUCGCACUGCGAGCUCUGCCGCCACCACUACGUCGUCACCAGGACCCACAAGUGGGGCUGGUGGCGGGCGGUGGUGGCGUGGGCGCAGGCCGGCGGGGCGCGCGCCCUGCUGGCGGACGCGAGUCGGGGCGGAGCCCUGUUCGCGGCGGCGCUGCUGGGCACGGCGCGGGCGCUGCGCGCCUGCGACUGCGCCCUGCAGGCGGGCGCACGCCGAGGGGGCGCGGCGGCUCUCGCGGCGAACGUCUUCUCCUCGCUGCUCAUCGGUGUAGUCGGCGCUUUGAACGGCCUGCUGACUACUUGGCUCCUGCUGAAGAUCCAAGAGCACCAGGCGGCGUGGCGGGCCUGGCGCGACAGCAGCCUGCACGUGCGCGUGGCCUUGCCGGACCCCACGCCCGCGCCCUCCGCCGCCCCCUCCGCCGCGCCCUCCUCCCACGCCCCCAACGCCCCGCACGCCCCCCACGCCCCGCACGCCCCCCACAACGCGCCCCGCACCCUCGACAGGGCCACGAACCCGGACCCCUGCGCGCUCCCCCCGCCCGUCGCCAGCUCCCCC